CGAAUGGUUAUCCAGUUGUAAAGAGAACUAAGAAAAAGUGGUUGUAUUUUAAUUACGUACAUAUAUUAGAAGUUUUUUAAAGAACAAAGAUAUCGUAAAAAAAUCUAGAGUAAAAUGUUUCAAUCACCUCGAUUUCGACAGUUUGUUAUAAUAGGUGUAGUGAAUUUGACCAUAAUAACAACUGGCAUGAGUCUGUCAUGGUCAUCGCCAGUGCUUGUCAAACUUCGGAACGCAACAGAGACGCCGUUACAUCGACCAAUCACCGACGAGGAGGGUUCAUGGAUAGUUUCAAUCGCAUCACUAUGCAAUAUAUUCACACUCAGUCUUCUAGGUAUGUUACAAGACUAUAUUGGCAGAAAGUAUUGUGUGAUACUGACCUGUAUUCCGAAGUUGUUAAUGAGUAUUCUUUUUAUCUUCGUUAAGGAUGUAUGGGUAUUGAUUUUGGGGCGCGCCAUCAUUGGUAUUGCGGAUUACUUCUUGCUCGCAAUUGUUCCUGUUUAUGCAUCAGAAAUCGCUGAUAAACACCUACGUGGAGCUCUCUGCACAUUUCUCCAAGUAUUUUCGUCAAUAGGCUGUAUCCUGACGAUGUCGAUUGGUCCUUUCGUGUCGUAUACCACAUUUAGUAUAUUAUUUGCUGUGAUGAACCUGAUUACUAGUAUUCCGAUAUUAUUUCUACCAGAUAGUCCAUAUUUCUUGUUUUCUAAAGGAAAAACAGACGAAGCAAUUAAAGUAUUAAAAUUAAUUCACGUCUCGGAACAAGUGGCUAAAGAAGAGAUAAUUACGUACGCGUCGUCUAUGAAUAAUGAAAAAGUUAAUAAAGUGAAAUUAAUAAAGAAUCCAGUAUUCAUAAAAUCGCUUUUUAUAUCUGUGGUGUUUGCUUUUUCAACUCAAAUAGUUGGAUUCACGGCUGUGUCGUUUUAUUUGCAAACGAUUUUAGAAUCUACAAAGACUAAUGUAAUGCCAGAAGUGGCUUCAGUGAUAAUGAGUUUGAUACAGCUGUUCGCUAGCUUUUGUUCUACUCCAGCGACUCAUUGGUUUAAAAGAAGACACAUUUUAAUUAUAUCAUUCUCUGGUAUUCUUAUAGGAAUGGUUGGUUUGGGUGCAUUUUUUAAAGUGAAAGAGAACGGGAAUGAAAUUUCUGGUUUUAUGAAUUAUUUACCUUUGAUAUCAUUGUUUUUGGUAAUUUUUUGCUAUAGCGCUGGUAUAGGAACAUUACUAUGGAUAUUAGUAGCCGAGUUAUUUGAUGGUCCGGCGAGAGCACUUGGCGCUGGAAUCAGUAUAAUGUUUGCUGCUUUGGGCAUUUUCAUUAGUUCCAAAUAUCUGGUUGCGUUAACAACUGCGGUCGGUCCAGCAAUGACUUAUUGGUGUUUCGCAGUUGUAUGCGCAUUGAGUUGUUUGUUCACUUUUUACUGCAUACCAGAAACAAAGGGGAAGACAUUCAAUGAAAUACAAAUUGCUAUUGCUGGACAGAAAGUAAAAUGAUUAAUACCAAGGGCCUCGCCAGCUGAUAAUCUAGGCUAGGCCUAUGGGGUCCUAGUAGUAAUUUUUUUAAAGGCUUGUUAAUAUGUGGUUAGACUUUUUAAUAUAAUAAUAACAAGUUUUGUACGUAGAUAUAUUCUGCUAUUUACCUUUGUGAUUUUUGUUUUGACAUUUAACUUAUUAGGAAGAAUGUAAACAAUGUAUUUG